GUCGAUCGAUGCGCUGCCGUUGUGCACGACGCGGAGAGCCAGGCGACGAUCGCUGUCUACAACAAGCUAACAUCUCUACCAGUACUGUCUCAACAAGCGGACGUAUCCUGUCAAUCGCCGAUGCUGGUUGAAUAUAAAGUGGAAGUACAGACCCUUCAAUCGCGUCGCAAUAUCUUUUAUGCAUUCCAUUCCCGCCUCCAGUUCUCGCCAGCCACCUGCGACACCCCAACAUUCCGAGCACGCUUUGCUAGCUUCGCUGACAGUCUCCAGUUCUAGCUCGUCUCGUUUAUGUAGUGCUGACAUGACAUCCACAAUGCGGCUGAGGCCAGCAUACCAUGUUGUUAGGCCACCGUUUGGAUUCAUGGUCGCGUCGGUGAACGACCGAGUCAUUCGGGACAGUGCAUUGAUAACAUACGCGUUGUAGUCUGUUGAAAUUGAAAGGGGGCCCUACCUCCAUUGCAGGGAUGCUCAUCGAAGUGAUAGACAGAUGUUCACUGACGCACUGUCUGAGCCUUCUGCGAGGACAUAAAGGAUGAGAACAGUC